CCGUCCCAGCGUCUUCACCAGUUCAUUUACAUCUUGUUUUGUCGCCGAGUGUGCAAAAUACUGAACAAAAGAGUGCAUGCCAAAACGGCCUUAUACAAUUUUCUUUUAGAAAACAAGCAGGCAUCACCUAAUUACCUGUCCUCACUCCUCUGAACUACUAUAUCCAGUCCUUAAUCCGAUGCCAAUUCCUACUGGUCACUGAUCGCCAUGAUCCGCGUGUUUUUGGGAGCAUAAAUGUGCAGCGCGGUCCCUGUGGCAAGCUCCUGUAACCUCAAUACAAGCUAUGCAGCAGCUCGUGGCGUUGCUGGUACUGAUCUCCCUCCCCGUGCGCGCGGCGCCUGUCUCCGGCGCCGGCGUCGUGGUGGCGCUGCUCACGCACUCCGACGCCGGCCGCGGCUUCGCGAGGCCCGAGCUCGUGCGGCGAAUGGCGCACCGAGCCAGGGCGCGCCGCCGGCUCCUGUCCUCGCACGAACGCCCCGUGCGCGCGCGGGUGCGCGCAGGGCUCGUCGCCGCCGCCGGCGGGAUUGCGACGAACGAGUAUCUGGUGCACCUGGCGGUCGGCACGCCGCCGCGGCCCGUGGCGCUCACGCUCGACACCGGCAGCGACCUCGUCUGGACGCAGUGCGCGCCCUGCCGCGACUGCUUCGACCAGGGCAUCCCGCUCCUGGACCCCGCGGCGUCCUCCACGUACGCCGCGCUCCCCUGCGGCGCGCCGCGGUGCCGCGCGCUCCCGUUCACGUCGUGCGGCGGCCGGAGCUGCGUCUACGUCUACCACUACGGCGAUAAGUCGGUCACCGUCGGCAAGAUCGCCACCGACCGCUUCACCUUCGGGGACAACGGCCGUCGUAAUGGCGACGGCAGCCUCCCCGCCACGCGGCGCCUGACCUUCGGCUGCGGCCACUUCAACAAGGGCGUGUUCCAGUCGAACGAGACCGGUAUCGCCGGCUUUGGCAGGGGGAGGUGGUCACUCCCCUCCCAGCUCAACGCCACGAGCUUCUCCUACUGCUUCACAUCCAUGUUCGACUCCAAGAGCAGCAUCGUCACUCUUGGCGGCGCGCCGGCCGCGCUCUACAGCCACGCGCACAGCGGCGAGGUCCGCACCACCCCACUCUUCAAGAACCCCUCGCAGCCCUCGCUCUACUUCCUCUCGCUUAAGGGCAUAUCCGUCGGCAAGACACGGCUGCCGGUUCCGGAGACGAAGUUCCGGUCGACGAUCAUCGACUCGGGCGCGUCCAUCACGACGCUUCCCGAGGAAGUGUACGAGGCCGUGAAGGCGGAGUUCGCGGCGCAGGUCGGGCUGCCGCCGAGCGGCGUGGAGGGGUCGGCGCUCGACGUCUGCUUCGCGCUGCCCGUGUCGGCGCUGUGGCGCCGCCCCGCCGUCCCGUCGCUGACGCGCUGCACCUGGAGGGCGCCGACUGGGAGCUCCCACGCGGCAACUACGUGUUCGAGGACCUCGGCGCACGCGUGUUGUGCGUCGUGCUGGACGCCGCGCCAGGGGAGCAGACCGUCAUCGGCAACUUCCAGCAGCAGAACACGCACGUCGUGUACGACCUCGAGAACGACCGCUUGUCCUUCGCUCCGGCACGGAUAAGGAAGCUUCACACGGAGUGUCGUCGAAGCUUCGGACGAGGUACAAAGUUGAAGAUGACGGGGAGCCAAAGGUAGAUGAAACGAAGCUUCGACGCCUUUAGGAUUGUUUUCCAGCUAAGGAAGCCAAAGGAAGUCUCCGAGGAGGAGAAAAGUCAUAUACGACACGUCAACGGUGUAAAAUGGUGAAAUUGUAUUCCCUCAAUUAUGAAGGACUAUUGUGUAAUAGGAAGAGCAAAGUUAUAAUUUCAUAAAAAAAAUGUCCAUCAGUCUAGCCCUAUAACUAGAUGAACAAUGUCAUUGCUACAAGGAUCGACCUUGUUUGUAAUCUCGUGUAUGUAGCUCCCUUCUCCCCAGAGAGAGCUCAAAGGUAAUAUAAUUCUGAAGCUUUAUUGAAUA